CUAGGAUGGCGGUCAGCGACGUAGUGGUUGACUCAAUAUGUAAUCAACCCAGAAAACCUCCGAAUCACAAUGGACAACUGAACAACUUACAAAAGCAGUGCAAAUCUCGAAUAGCUGUGUAGCUGGAGGGUAUAAAGAUGCCGUCUACCUAGGUAUCUCAUACUCAAGACCAUCCGUAAAGAUCAGCAGGAACACAGAAGGACUCCACGCAUAACCGAAGGCAUGAUGCUUCCACACGGCGUCUAUCUCCUCUCCGCGGUACUGGCCCUAGGCAGCCAUGUCCUCGCAACUGACUUCUCGGACAUCCCAUCACGCCUGCAGGCCAUCUCGGCGGAUAUUGUCCCGGACCUCAAGGCCAUAGCCGUGGACAUCUGGAACCACCCGGAACUGGGACGCAGCGAGUUCCACGCCCACGACCUCAUAGUUGACUACUUCACAACGCAACGCCCCGGAGAAUGGACCGUCACACCUCACGCGUACCCCGGUCUGCCCACAAGUUGGAGGUUAGAGUUCGAGUUCCGGACCCCGAGCACUCCUCCCGAUCAGCCGCUCCCCACCAUUGGCUUCCUGGCUGAGUACGACGCUCUCGUCCAGAUCGGACAUGCUUGCGGCCACAACCACAUCGCAAUGUUGGGCCUUGCGGUGUCGGGCAUGGUGCGGCGGGCAAUCAUCGAGCUAGGAAUCUCGGCGCGGGUUGUAGUGGUGGGCACCCCUGACGAGGAAGGCGAGGCCGGCAAACACGAUCUGCUGCUGGCGGGGGCGUUCGACGGCAUUGAUAUCUGGUUCAUGGCCCAUCCCACCAGCGCCAGCGCCAUCCAGCCCAUGAAUGCCCGCAUCAACGCGGUCGGGCACUUCCGGCGCGACACGCAUGCCGAUGUGGUAAGGACGGCGUACGAGGCGCUUGUCGCGGUCCGGGACCGGGCUGCGGCAGGUCUGCCCGGGACAGCGUCGUCCGUCAACGCCGUCGAAGACGUGGGAAUGUUCGCAUCCAACGUCGUGCAAUCGCAGAUCUCCCUGGGCUUCAACGGCACGUCCCUGGAGACAGUCCAGCAAACCGUGUCAUCCAUCCUGGACAGCACCUACCCCGGCGUCACAUUUGUCGCAGGCAAUGACGAAACCGUUCCCGGCGGCGUCAAUCUCACCGUCUUCGGGCCCGGCGGCCAUGCCUCGGAAAGCACCAAGAGCCCGCUGGUGCUGACCAUCGAAACGUUCCGCCAACUCUCCCCACGCGGCAACGUAUCCUUCUACCUCCCCGGCAACACGACCUGCACAGCGCUGGACAUCACCUGGGACCUCCGCACGCGAUAUACGCAGGAUCUCUCCUCAGUCCUCGCGCCCAUCUCCGCAGAGAUCCAAGCCGGGGCCGCGGCGAUCGCGACAGACACCAUCUACCCCUCGCUGGAAGUCACGCCCGUACUGCCGGACAUGUUCCUGGACCUGGUCCAGCAGCCCGAGUACUUCGGCCCUUCCAAUAACUGGCAACUGUCCACUUUCGCCCCGGCCUCGACCGAUGCCUCCUGGCUGCAGAACGCCGUGCUCGAUCCGGAGACGCACGCGCUGAUCGGAGCGGACAGGGUCGUGUUCCAUCCGAACUACGGCAUAUGUGAGCCCGGGGCGAGCUGCGCGUUCAACCACGAGCCGGGCUUCCGCGAGGUGGCGGGCACCGAGUACAGUUACGCUCAAACGGAAAUAGUCGCGCGGGCGCUGGCGGAUAUCGCGGUGCGAGUAUUGGGAGACGAUGCGUUGAGGGCGAAUGUCACGGCAAUCUUGAGGAAAUGAUUGCGUUGCACUAUGUAUUUGGGUCACACUUACUGACUGGCGAAGAGCGGAAGCGCAGGGCCGGAAGAAGUAGCCAUGGUGGAUAGAGAAUAUUCGCAUUUCCCUUUGCAACGUGGUUGGUAGGUAUCUUUCUUCACAGUAAUCCGUAAGCAUCUCCUUGACCUUGAAAGUAGGUACGCCAUCAGACCUGCAUGCAGAUCUUCAAGACGGAAUCAGGAUGGACGGCUGAAUGGGCACACAUCCCAGCCGAUAGUAGCGACCUUACAAC